AUGCUUCUCGUCAAAACUUCAACCGUCAUUUUUUCGUUUUUGUUCACUCAGACAGUGUUCUAUUUGAACUUCUACUUGUUGUAUUCUAUUUUUGUUUCGAAAAAGCUCUGCAGAAAACCAGAUUUAGUAUUAAUUUAUAUUCGAAUUUCAGUUGAUAUGGUUUAUUCGUUUUCUGCAUUCCUUAUUCAAGCAUACUACAUUGCUCGCCAGAUUCACCCUGGUUUUGUUAUGAAGAACAUGUCCUUCUACUUGGCAUGGCCCGCUAACCUAUUAGUAACUAUUCGUCCGAUUCUAGUAUUGGUAAUCAACCUGGACAGAAUCUUCGCCACCUAUUUUCCAAUUUUAUACCAUAAUCAUCGUCACAAAAUUACGUUACGCGGGAUUUUAUCACUCUUGCUUGCAUGUUUACUAGUUCAUCAAUAUAUCCUCUUUGGAUACUGUGGCGUUGUGGUAGAUGUGCCAUUGGACUGUGAUCAUUUCAAGUGCACUGUGAACGCGUGUUUUUAUAGUUAUACAUUGUCGGUGGAGAAAUACACAGAUUCCUUGAUUUUAGUCUCGUUGGUCAUUUUAUCGUGCCGGUUUGUAAUCUGGAAUUAUUCUCAAGGAACACAAAAAAAUGCACUGUUCACAAAAGCAACCCGAAUUGCACUCAUCGACUCAAUUAUCAUAUUCAUAUUUAGUUUUCUUCCCUCAGCGAUUUCCCAGCAAUUUCAAAGUGUCAAUUUUGAAACGGUUGGCCCGAUAAUGACAAUGUUCAAGAAUAUCGGAUUGUUCAUCGAAGCACUAAUUGUGUUCAAAGUACUGUCCAAGGAAGCGAUUGUGAUUAAUACAAUGAAUAAUGACAAUUGUUGA